CCCCUGCGGCCUAUAACAUUAAAAAAAAGGGGCGGGGAGGGCGACGCGGCUUUUGAUUGGCUGGUAAGAAGAGGAAGCGACAGGAGCGGGAAAAACUUGACUGGCGUUUGAGACUCCCUUUUUCUUCCCCCCCCCCCCCGGUUGCGCGCGCCUGUAGAACGGAGGCGGUCCCAACGUUCUGAGCGCGUGGCAGAACGGGGCAGCGCGCGUGCGCGGGCGGUGGUGAGCCCGGGAGCGCGCGCAGAGGCAGCGGGUGCAGAACUCGGCCGGCUUAGCAAAGCAAAGCGAAGCGAAGCGAGAAGACGCGUGCAAGAAACGAACGUGGGAAUGCAGCCCCCCCUCCCAAAAAAAAUCCCAGCACGAGCAAUAGCAAACCGCUAAAGCUUUUUUUCCUACCUUGACCUUGCUGCCCCCCAACCUUUCUAUAAAGCCAACAACCCCCCCCCCGCACCCCCCUGGUUUUCGGUUAUUGCUUUCGCCGCUUAUCCUCCGAGCCCCCGUUGUCAUUUCUGUGCCGUUAAAAAACGGGCGUUCCCCCUCGACGACGCCCCUUUCCGGGUUCUCUUGUUAAGAGCACCUGGACGAGAGAGUGCACGCCUCUUUGCAAGCACAGCUCAUCCAAAUUGCACACACCUUUGCAAGUGCAAAUCCCUCCCAUUUCUCUGCACCCAGCAGAGAAUUCCUCUAGCCGCCCCCUCCUCCCUCUUUUAAGUCGGUGGACUAUCCCCAGAAAGCACCUGCCUCACCUGGGAACUGACAGCUGGUACCUGUGCAAGAGUAUGGAUACCAAAAAAGUAGCUCUCAUCACUGGUAUUACUGGCCAGGAUGGCUCAUACUUGGCAGAGUUCCUGCUGGAAAAGGGCUAUGAGGUACACGGAAUUGUUCGUAGAUCUAGCUCUUUUAACACGGGACGGAUUGAACAUCUCUACAAGAACCCCCAGGCUCACAUCGAAGGAAAUAUGAAACUGCAUUAUGGUGAUUUGACAGAUAGUACUUGCUUAGUGAAAAUAAUCAACGAAGUUAAACCUUCUGAAAUUUACAACCUUGGAGCACAGAGUCAUGUUAAAAUAUCAUUUGAUUUAGCAGAAUAUACAGCGGAUGUUGAUGGAAUUGGCACUUUACGAUUGCUAGAUGCUAUCAAGACAUGUGGUCUCAUAAACUCUGUAAAAUUCUAUCAAGCCUCAACAAGUGAACUCUUUGGAAAAGUGCAAGAAAUACCUCAAAAGGAGACUACUCCAUUUUAUCCCAGAUCUCCAUAUGGGGCAGCCAAACUCUAUGCGUAUUGGAUUGUGGUAAAUUUCAGGGAGGCCUAUAAUCUCUUUGCUGUGAAUGGUAUUCUUUUCAACCAUGAAAGUCCUCGGAGAGGAGCCAAUUUUGUAACUCGGAAGAUUAGUCGUUCCGUUGCUAAGAUCCAUCUGGGACAAUUGGAAUGCUUCAGCUUGGGAAAUUUAGAUGCCAAGAGAGACUGGGGCCAUGCCAAGGACUAUGUUGAGGCAAUGUGGCUCAUGUUACAGAUGGAUGAACCAGAGGAUUUUGUAAUAGCUACUGGUGAGGUCCACAGUGUCCGAGAAUUUGUGGAGAAGGCAUUUCAGAACAUUGGUAAAACUAUUGUGUGGGAAGGAAAGGAUAAGAAUGAAGUGGGCCGAUGCAAAGAAACAGGCAAGAUUCAUGUGACAGUUAAUCAUAAAUACUACAGACCUACGGAAGUAAAACUAUGUAAAGCACAAGUGCAAAGGAAAAACACUAACAAGAAAACUGAGAAGGUGAUUCAUCAACAACAGAUACUCAAAAUCUAUGAAGUGCUUAAUGGUGCACUUGGAUAA